UUAAUUAUAGUAUUAUAGCCCAUCACCAAAUCAAAUUGUAAAAACACUGUCUUUUCGUAAUUUCAAAAAAGUAGGAAAUUAUUUCGUGAACGAAGGGAGUAGUUCCCAACCAGAAGUUUUUAAUUUUCUUUUUUGGUAUAAUUUUUUGAAGGUAUGGCUGGUAUGACUGCAUAUGUGGGAUUUUACGAGAUUUGCUCUCCGAAAGAGGGCGAAAUCGUCUUUGUAUCUGCUGCAUCAGGAGCUGUUGGUCAGCUUGUUGGCCAAUUUGCUAAGCUAUUUGGGUGCUAUGUCGUUGGAAGCGCAGGCUCACAAGAUAAGGUGAAUCUUCUGAAGAACAAAUUUGGAUUUGAUGAUGCAUUCAACUAUAAAGAAGAACCUGACAUUGAUGCAGCCAUAAAGAGGUACUUCCCCGAUGGGAUCGACAUAUACUUUGAGAACGUCGGAGGCAAAAUGCUCGAAGCGGUGCUCCCCAACAUGAGAUCCCGCGGCCGCAUUGCUGGCUGCAGGAUGAUAUCGCAGUACAACCUCGAGAAGCAAGACGCCACGCGCAACUUGAUAUAUUUGAUUCUAAAGCAAAUCCGGAUGCAAGGAUUUUUGGUUUUCGACUACUUCCACCUCUAUCCCAAGUAUUUGGAGAUGGUUUUACCGCUCCUUCAAGAAGGAAAGUUGGCUUAUGUUGAAGAUAUUGUUGAAGGAAUUGAAGCUGCACCAGCUGCUUUAGUUGGACUCUUUUCAGGUAGAAAUGUGGGGAAGCAGGUUGUAGCUGUCGCUCAAGAUUAACUGACUAAAAAUCAAUUUAGUUCGUAGAUCUCGACUUCGUGGGUGGUCAGGAUUGAUUUUCACACGAAAUAAUGUUGACUUCUUAUACAUAAAUUUAUGUACACAGUGAUGUUUCGUUUGUAUUUAAUUUCAUGGUUUUUGCAUAAUACAAAAAUCUUUUUUAACACGAAUAUUAAAUAGUUAUAUUACAAACAUCAAAUAACAACUUUGCAAUUAUAAAGUGAAGAAAAUGUUUGUAAAAAUGCCUGAAUGA